GUUGUCUUUGUUUUAUGACAAUUUGUGUUUGUGAUGUGAACGGUCUUCGAUCAAAAUUUUUAAAGUUUGUUAUUCAUCCGAAUGUAUGACAAUUGUUGUACAAAAUUCUAGUCGUCAUGAGAUAAUACAUUUAUAAUAUAGAUAAACGAAAUUGUUUUAUGUGAGAAAUAAAUUUAAUAUGAAAUCAGUGCGGUAUCGUUCAAAAUGAGAAGUGCUCCGAUGGUUGUCACGCGCUAUUCUGAUUUCUGUAUCCAAAUAGAAGAAACUUGGAAGAGUAGUUUUUAUUGAAAGAGCUGUUAUAUGUAUGCAGCGGGAAUGGCAAUAAUGGCAGUGUCUGUUGGCGAAAUUUGCGAGAACACAAAACUCGCACGAGAAAUGGCUUUGAUGGGUAACUACGAAUCGGCGUUGGUCUACUAUGAAGGGACAGUACAAAUGAUUCACAGGCUCCUCAUCACCAUCGCGGAUCCCACGCGAAAAUCCAAAUGGCAGCUGGUCCAGAAACAGAUGGCGCGGGAAUACGAGCAGCUAAAGGCGACCGUGGCAACCCUACAGAUGUUCCAGCACGAGGGAGAAAAGGCUAUCACACCGAUGACCGGCACAUACGAAGACCUACCCACCCGUGACCAAAUGUGGGCGCCGGCGCCGCACGAGAUCGACCCGGACAUCUGGCCGCCACCGCCCGACAGAGACCCCGCCGCCUGGCCAUCACCCACGAGCGUGGAACACAAAGGACCCCCCGUAAUGAAAUCGGCUCGAAACAACCCCCGCAACAACAGGACUGCAGACAAGAAGACCACAGGCCCCCGGAACGCGACUACAUCACAACGCAGGACGUCAGAUGCAAGGAAUCCUAAAAUAAAUACCAACAAAGCACACAGCGCAAAAACUAAGGACACAAGUAACAAGGAUCACAAUAAUGCAAAGGAUAAACAAGACAGAGACAACAAUAACGGCGACACGGACGACGAAAAACACAAAGAGGAAGAAAGAAGAUUCGAACCACCUUCUGCGGCUGAUGGCGACCUGGUAGAUAUGUUAGAAAGAGAUAUAGUUCAAAAGAACCCCAACAUCAGAUGGGAUGACAUAGCUGAUCUCGCAGAAGCCAAGCGAUUGUUAGAAGAAGCUGUUGUCUUGCCUAUGUGGAUGCCGGAUUUCUUCAAGGGUAUCCGCCGGCCUUGGAAAGGCGUGCUAAUGGUAGGUCCACCGGGCACGGGGAAAACUAUGUUGGCCAAAGCAGUCGCCACAGAGUGUGGUACCACCUUCUUCAACGUCUCGUCGUCUACCCUCACGUCAAAAUACCGCGGCGAGUCGGAAAAACUAGUCAGACUAUUGUUUGAAAUGGCGCGGUUCUACGCGCCAAGUACGAUCUUCAUCGACGAGAUCGACUCGUUAUGUUCCCGGCGCGGCUCCGACAGCGAGCACGAGGCGUCGCGGCGCGUCAAGUCGGAGCUACUCGUGCAAAUGGACGGCUUGGGCUCCGCGCACGAUGAACCCUCCAAGGUAGUAAUGGUGUUAGCAGCAACAAAUUUCCCGUGGGACAUCGACGAGGCGUUGCGGCGAAGGCUCGAGAAACGGAUAUACAUACCUCUGCCCACCCAGGAAGGCCGCGAGGUGUUACUGCAGAUCAACUUGCGAGAGGUUAAAGUUGACCCCGAGGUUGACUUGCACGCCAUUGCCAAGAAACUAGACGGUUACUCGGGUGCCGAUAUAACUAAUGUGUGCAGGGACGCGUCAAUGAUGUCGAUGCGACGUAAAAUCGCCGGCCUCAAGCCGGAGCAGAUCAAGCAGCUUGCCAAGGAAGAGCUCGACCUGCCGGUGACGAAGCAGGACUUCCUGCAAGCGCUGGAGAAGUGCAACAAGUCCGUCUCGAAGGGCGACAUACAGAAAUACCUCUCGUGGAUGACGGAGUUUGGCUCCUCCUGAUUGAUGUAGGAAAAAGCAUUUUCAAGGACAUUCGUAAAUGUAUACCGGUAAAUACGCAGACUGACGUAAAAAGAUACACACUGAAUCCGCUACAAAAUCUAUCAAACCCCACCUAAUUCAACAAAUCUGGCAUAGCGACACUCCGCCAUUUUGUUUAUUUUGGAAAGUAAUCAAAAUGGCGGCGGGUCGCUAAGGCAGCUUUCAUACAAAAAAGUUCAAACCCCUUUGUGAUCCGUCAUUAUGACAACCAAUAGAUGUAGGGACUUUGGCUUUUUCUAGGGAUACCUGCACAUUUUUGGCCGACCUCCCUGGCACAGCGGUGAACGCUGGACUUUUAAGUAGGAAGUUCCGGAUUCGAUACCUGGCCGGGGUCACUAGAACCGUUUAUAAUUUUAGAAUUUUCUCUGGUCUGGUCUGGUCUAAUGGAAGACUUCGCCUGGUCUAAUGGUCUAAUGGAGCGAUCUAGCGUUCCGGUACGAUGUGUGUGAGAAACUGAUAAGGGGUAUAGGUUUAAUAUAACUGUAAUACUCCUAACAAGUUGGCCUGUUACCAUCUAAAACUGCAUCAUAACUUACGACGCGAGAGGCGAGAUCUCAAGGGCUAACUUUUAGUGUAAUAAAAAAAAACAGCACGAAAGUUGUUUGGAUAACCAUCCCUAUUGGCUUCCACCGAUGGACGGCCUUAGAUGGAUAAGUAUAUCUUGUAGAAAUAUCCAAACUCCAAAGCCGAAGACUAUCAUCUGACAUUACGAACGCACAUAUGUCUCUUGGACCGAUUCCCUUAGUAAACAAAAUCAUGCUGACUGUAACCUAGUGGCUCACUCUAUGACUCUUUUAAUUUAUCCGUCCAAAGCUGCCUUUUUCACUCAGGGUUGCCAUUCCAACAACCUGGGAUUCCAACGUCCAUCAGUCCUGAGAACUACGUGCCCUGUCCAUUGCCAUUUCGUCUUAUUAACUCGUAGAUCUAAGUCUGCGAAAUAGUCUUCGUAUCUCUUUUCUGAUUUGACUACGUAUGUUGUUAGUGCGGAAACUUUAAAAGACUUCUAUCUUUUUUCUUUAGUCUGUGUAUUAUUAGAAAAUAUAAUGGAGACGUGUAUAUUUGGAAUUCUGCUUUGUAGGGAUACUAUAUUAAGAAAAACAAAAGAAACCAAAACAUCACUAUUUAUAAAUUGCACUGCUAUAACAAAUAUUUUUUACAAGUAAUGAUUGAAACGAGUUGUAUAUUUUAAUUG